AUGGGUGGCGUCGAAUCUAGGGGCGAUGAUGUCCCAGACCGCGGCCCUGUCCUCAUCAGCGUCCUGUGGUCGCUGACGGCGCUGGCGGGCAUCACGGCCAUGCUCCGCGUUGUCGUCCGCAUUCGCAACCGUAUGUUCGGGUGGGACGAUAUUUUUAUGAUUUUUGCCAUGCUUUGUUUUACAGGAUGGAGUAUUGUGCUCACCCUAUACGCGCAAAAAGGAGGAUCGAUGCAUAUUCAUGAUGUUGCCAAAACGGGACCCGACAAUGUCGCCAAUGUGCUGUUCCUUAACUGGCUCAGCCAGGUGUUUGGCAUUUUGGGCGUUGCGGCGGGCAAAAUCUCUGUUGCGGCACUAUUGCUCGCGAUUAUUCAACUGACUGAGCUGCGAUGGCAACGCAUAUUUCUGUGGAUUGUGCCGGUGACUCUCGCUAGCCUCGUUGCUAUUGCCUGCUCAACAUUGACGUUCGCGCAAUGUACCCCAGCCAAAGCGCUCUGGGACCAGCGGGUCGUGGGCAAAUGCAUGAACCCUCAUGUCAUGUCCUCGUUUGGAACAUUUACUGGAGCGUUCAACACAUUUACCGAUGCCAGUCUCGCCAUCAUUCCGGCAACUAUCUUCUGGCAACUGAACAACACGACGACCGAAAAGAUACAGCUCACAAUCGUCUUCGGCCUCAACAUCCUCACAUCCAUCUGCUCCGGUAUCAAAACACAGUACCUCGCCGAGCUCGCCAACCGCACCGACCAGACGUGGGCUACGUACGAUAUUUUCGUCUGGGUUACCGGCGAGCUGUUCCUCAUGAUUGUAUGCGGCAGCAUCCCGACGCUGCACACCGUGCUCAUCUGGUUCCGCAACGCUGCAGGUAGCAUCAAAAGUGCAGUGCCGUCGCAUAAGCAGCAUAGCUCGCGGAGCUCCCGCAAGGGCAGCGCGCGGCUCACGUCGGAAGGCGACGAGACAGACAAUAACGAUGCUGAGCUUGCGGAGCUGCGCGCUAUGGCGCACCUCUCCAUCAAGACCAAGACAACAGUUGAGAGGGUCCAAUCGAGGGGAGACAGUCUGGAAGGGCUAUUUGAAGAUAAGAACGGCGUGAGGGUGGACACGAUGUACGAUGUGCGGCGGGAUACUAGGCCGAACUCGGCGGUGCCGCCUGCUGAGCCACGAGGCGGCCAUCCAUAG